CUAGUAGCGUAGCGCCGAGCUCCGUACUCAUAAGUUUUUAAUUGUGCUCGAAAGUUUGUAUUGUGAAUUGUUAAACGUAUCCGAACGUUACAAAUUGACAUGUGUCAUUGAGUUCGUGACAAUCUCUGUUUUUGUUUUGAUUGCUCGAUUCCGCAAAAUUUUAAAUAAUUUAUCCGAUAAAUCUAAGAAAAUAUGUCAAUAAUCUGACAAUAUCAUGUUUUUCGAUUCGUAUAAAACUAAUGAUAAAAUCAUAAAUGGAACAAGAGAAGAGAGGUGAGCGGGAAAGCAUAGAAAAAUUUGAUAUCAAGCUAAAAUCGAAGCCGAAGGAUGGUGUCAUACUACAGCUACAUCACACGGUCCGAGACGCUAAUGGCGAAUGUCGCAGGAUUCGGUUCUCCACGGGCAUGUUCGACGACAGCAACGACAAGCUCGCGUGCGCCGACAACGCCGGGAACAUCUUCAUACUGGACUUUUCCGAACUUAAAUUCUGGAAGCUAACCGGCGUCGGCGCUUGUACUUCUUUGCAAUUCGUACCCAACAGGCAGGACACGCUAAUCGUAGCCACCGCAAAGAAGUAUGAGAUGAAUUUUUUGGACACCGAAACUGGACAUGUCUCCCUUACUCUGACGGGUCAUACGGCCCCAGUGAGACACAUUUCCUUUUCCAACAACCUUAAAACUAUCAACCUGUUGACGGCAAGUCCAGUGGAAGCCAUCCUGUGGGAGUUAAGGAAUUAUACUAAGUAUUUUACUCUGAACACAUACCUGGGUGCUCAGAUCCAACAAAUAAUGUUCAGCCCGGCGGGCGACUAUCUUGUUGCGUGUUUUCAAAAUGACACUGUACAAAUUUGGAAGCAUGAAAGCAUGAAGUCUGUGAAGCAGAUUAUACCAAGCGAACUGAAGCAUAUGAAAAGCAUUGCCUUCACUAUGAAUGGCCGAGCUAUGGCCAUGGCGGGCCUGGCUCCCACGCUGAUACUGUUCAGCAUGGACACUUGGAAGGCCCUGAAGUCUAUAGACAUGUCCAAGUAUAACAUAUCUGGGGCUCACCAAAUAGCAUUUAUUCCACAGUUGUUUGAUGGAGGAGCAAACAAAAUCCUUGCUAUACUCAGCAGCGACUGUGUUCUUUAUUUACUUGACUUGGAAGCCUUAACCAUUAUACACAUUAUCCACCCUGAAUCCUCAGGUAUACGUAGGUUUGUUGUCAGCCCUACUGGUAAAUACUUCCUAUGCAUACUUCAACUAGGUGAAGUUAACAUCUACAACUGUUCAUUUGUCAUGGAUUCUGUUCAGAAUUGCCAAAAUUGUGUUGUUGAGACUAUGAGAAGAGAAUUGCCAGGUACCUCUACACAUAAGUCAGCUUCACAAGAACACACCAAUUCAAAAUCCCAAAUUGAACAAAAAAUGCGUAUAUGUAUGGAUAGUGCUAGAUUAAGGAGAAUUUUAAUGCAAUAUGGUGAAUAUCCAGAUAAGUUUCGGUCUAUUAUUUGGAGGUCCCUGUUAGAUACACCAAGGAAUAAGUCUGCAUAUGCUGCUCUCAUUGAAAAGGGUAUACAUCCUGCAUAUAAAGAUAUAGAGAAGCAGUUUACCAUCCACAGUGCAGUAACACUGAAAAAUCUCAAACGUCUAUUGUCUUGUCUUGCUCAUUGGUGCCCAUUGUUUGGUGUGAUGAAGUUUCUGCCUGGUUUCGUUUUCCCAUUUGUUAAGGUACUCCAGAAGGAUCCGCUCCUGCUGUUUGAAUCUGUUUCCAGUGUCCUGUGCAAUUACUGUCAGCUCUGGUUCGAGUAUGCCCCUUUUCCUCCAAUUAGUGUAUUAGCAAUAGUUGAAAAUAUUUUGGCAGAACAUGAUCAACCACUUCUGAACCAUUUCUGUGAGGUGGGCAUCACCAGUCAAACAUAUGCCCUCAAGAUACUAGAAACAGCUUUUAGUGAAGUAUUGACAUGCUCUGAGUGGUUAAUACUUUGGGACCAUAUACUUAGCAAUGAACCUGCAUUCAUUCUCAUGGCUGUAGUCUCAUACAAUAUGGUCCAAAGGAAUGCAUUAAAAAGACUGAAGUCCCAUGAACAGCUUGAGAAUUUCUUUCACAUGCAGAAUCCCAUUGACAAGAAAACGUUUUUGAAGAAAGCAUACGUACUAUUGAAUGAAACCCCAGAUGAUAUCCAUCCAAGAAGAUUUUUCAAACCUUUCGUUUCUUUAGAAAAAGGCGGGUGCUACCAACAAUUCACAGGUUACCCCAAAGCUACUAUUUGCCUUAAAUUAGCGAAAAAGGACAGGAAAAAGUGUUUGAAAGCUGAUAAGUACACUUUGAAAGAAUUGACUGCAAAGAGUCAAGAAAAGGAAAUUAAUGAGAGGAUGAAGACUGAGGCCCCUUCGGAACAUAGAUCCGUCCAAAGCGAUGACGAAAGCGUACAAGACUGUUGUAUAGAAAAACCUAAAAAGACUAAGAAAAAGAGCCAUGACCACUUCCAGAGUAAGGGAGAUUUUAAUUCGAAAGAAACGAAAGAAGAACUGAUUGAAAGCAUAAUAUACCCUGCUACGAUACACUUAGAGAGGAACAGAAGUGGAGAAUUGAGAGCGAUUAAAAAGGACAAGGAGUUAUGCAAGCAUACAAGAUCAAAAACAAAGAAAAAGACUUCGGAAAAUAAGAACGAAACUUUAGAAAAAGAGGUGGAGAAAUUGAUAAGGACUUAUACUAAUUCCGAUGUUUCUGACACUUAGCAACCCCAUUGUGUGCAUAUUUGUAUGGUAUAGGUUGGUAACAAAAUAACAUAGUCUAUUUUAAUUAUUAAUUUAUUGUAUCACUGCCCGCUAUCUAGUUAGUACUUAUCUAUAUUAAACAGGUGUAUUUUUGUA